AAAAAGCCUCUACACAGCUUCUCCAACCAUCUCUGCAACCACCUUCUUCUUCUUCAUCAUCUUCUUGUUUUAUAGCUCAUGCAUGAAGCCAGAAACUAAAACAACAUAGCAAGCAGUCUAAACUUUUGCUUUGCAACAAAAAUGGCGAAUUGGAAAUACCCAAGAAAACCCACCAAGGAAACGACACACAAGAAGAGGCAGCAGCAGAGCCAACAACAACAACAACAACAGGUCCAGAAAUCAGACAAGCCUCCGCCACCGCCGCCUUCAUGGACAGUCAUGAAAGGCAUCUUCAGCUGCAGAGAUCUCCAAACCCAACAGCAGCAACAGCAGCAGAAGAAGAAAGAUCAGAAACAAGAAGAAAACAAGCAGAAGAAGGCGCAGAAGCAUAAAAAGCACCAGGAGGACAACAACAACAGCAGCAGCAGCAAGAAAUGCAAGAAAAUGAGGUGCUCUGUUUCACUAUGCAAAAACAACACCACCACCAAAAUAGUUUCAGCUCUUCCCCCUAAUUUGACCGAUCUCGCAAACAACGGCGGCGGCGGCAGCAGAAGCGAGAGAGGCAGGGGAGGAAGUAGUAGUGGUGUUGUUGUUUCAAGCUCGUCAAUGGUGACAACAACGAACUCAUUCAGGGGAAUGCCAUUCAGCCGAUUCUCUGGCUGCUACGAGUGCAGAAUGGUGGUCGACCCUGUUCUUGGCGGCUUCACCAAAAUCCCCAAUUCGUUGAGAAGCCCCACCAUUCGGUCUUGCCCUGAUUGCCCCCGCAUCUUCAUGAACCCACAAAGCUUGGAGCUUCACCAGGCCGUUACCCACGCUGUAUCCGAAUUGGGAGCAGAGGACACGAGCAAGAACAUAGUGGAGAUCAUCUUCCAAUCGAGCUGGCUAAGAAAGGACGGCGGAGGCGGCGGCGGCGUUGCCCCAAUGUGCAAAAUAGACAGAAUCUUGAAAGUCCACAACACGCAGAGCAGAGUGUCGAAGUUCGAAGAGUACAGAGAUUCAAUCAAGGCGAAAGCCACAAAUUUCCCCAAGAAGCAUCCGCGCUGCAUCGCCGACGGGAACGAGCUGUUGAGGUUCUAUUCGGCGAAUUUCCGGUGCGCACUCGGGCUGAAUGGCUCGUCGAACCUCUGCUGCUCGGCGGAAAGUGUCGACGGCGGCGGCGGGUGCUGCAACGCGUGCAGCAUUAUUAGGGAUGGGUUUGCCGGCGGAGGGGAGAAGGGGAUUUUGACGACGGCGACGAGCGGGAGGGCGCACGAGGAGAAGGUGGAGGCGGCGGCGGCGGCGUCGGAGGGGAAGAGGGCGAUGCUGGUUUGCAGGGUUAUAGCUGGGAGGGUGAUGAAGAAGAAGAUUGGAGUUGGAGUUGGAGUUGGGUUGAUGGAUGAGUUGUUGUAUGACUCGGUGGCGGGUGAUAAUGUUGGGUUGUAUUCGAAUUUGGAUGAGCUCUAUGUGUUCAAUCCCAUGGCUAUUUUGCCUUGCUUUGUUGUUAUCUAUGGCGGAUUCUAGUUUACAGGAAGGAAGGAAAUUUUCCAAUCAAAAUGCAGAU